GCCGAACGCAUUUGAUAUAGGAGGCAUUUUCAAUUUUUCUUUUCUUAGUUGAUUGAGUGAAGUAAGUAGAGGUUGCUGCUUGCCAAUGCUCCUACUUCUCCUUCCUGCCUUCAUCCGGUGAUCGAAAACCUGAGCUUUCUCGUAUUAUUCUUCAACUACUACACGAGAGGAUGAGGAGGUGGCACUGGGCCGUGUUCAUAUUGAACAGCUUGCUGUGCGUGGCGCAAGACACCAUCAUUGACACCAUCAAGGCUGUUCCAGAACUCUCAUCUCUGGCCGAAUACAUCUCCAAGUCUCACGAGUUAGCCUCGUGGCUUGAAGAGGAAGAAAUCACUCUCUUUGCGCCACGCAAUGAAGCAUUUGAACAGUCGCCAAGUUGGACUGUCGAGGGCUCAGACGAACUCAAACUCACAAUCCUCUCUCAUCACGUUGUGAAAGAUGCCCACCUACGCUUCUCACCUGGCAGGAACUUCUACCUUUCGACUUUCCUCCCGCGGGUGAAAGGAAGCAAGGUUGAAGGGGGAAAUCUCCUCAUUGCAAGGGCCUCGGCAUGGUCCAACGUCACAACAUUGUGGUCAGAUCUCGAAAGGCCGUCGCAAACAAUUGGGGCUGUGAUCCCAUGCAAGAAUGGAGCCAUUCAUAUCCUCGAUAGAAUGUUGACACUACCCUUAAAUUUCAGUCAUUCUUACACCAAAAGUCCCAUGUUCGGUCCCUCGCCGUUCGUCGGCUCCAUCUUAACGCAGCACGACUCUGCGCAACUAGUUCCAAUUGAUCGGCUUCGGAACGUCACCGUAUUCCUUCCUAUCUAUCAUGCUUUUCGACAGAUUGGGAAUUUAGUGAACCAGUGGUCAGCCCAUGAACUUCGCGAAAUCCUUUCAUAUCACGUUGUAGACCAAAUCGUUCUUACGGACGCAAAUGGUCCUCGACCUGGGAUAUAUUCUACGCUGGAAGGAGGGCAGGUCUCUGUCUCUGCAGAUGGUCAGAAUACUUUUAUCAACAAUGUUAAAGUGGUCGGAUCAAAUCACUGGAUUUUCGAGGGGGGCGUUAUCUACACUAUUUUCGGGGUCCUCAACCCACAAAAUGUGUCGGAUGGUUCGAGACAUGUUGAUGAUGGUAUAUUAUUCCCUGGCGCUUCAUAUACUUCAGAUCUUGUAUUCCCAACUUCUACUUACGAAGCGAUCAAGAAUGAUGAAAUGCACUCGCAAUUCGAGGGAGCCAUCAUGAGGCUCGUUUUGGCUACGGUUGCUGCGAUAGGACUAUUCUUCAUGUAUUUAGGUUGCCAUUGGGUCAGAGCCAGAGCUGGAAUGGUCGGCAGACGGUGUGGGAAGUCUACUCCUGAGACGGCUCUGCUGGAAAAGAGCUUUCUGUCUGAUCAAACAAGAAGCUACCUCACGUUCAAUAGAUGAGAAGCUCAGAAGAGAUACCAUCACAAGAUGACUCGAAGGCUUGCUUUGGAGUGCGUAAU